GGGAAGAAUCUUCUACCACACGGUGCUAGCACUAGUGGGCGUGUGUUUAAGUCUGCAUUCCACCUCAGCGCAACAGUUGGGCCCUUUCACCAUACCAACGCUUGCUAAUGGAGGUGCUUUAGGAUUUUCGAACAAUUUUUUCAGCGCACUCGUUGAUCCACGAUCAAGAAGGCUAUCCUUCUCGGCUCAAGCUCCACCGAUCGGUGCAGAUGGCGGAUCGACGUCUUCUUUGUCUAGUUUCAUUGGAAGGUUUAAUAAUCCGCUCGCAGGCUUUCUGCCCGGUCAAACAAAUAUGGUGCCAAUACAAACGCCAUCGUUGUCGUCUUUAACGCCAUCAAAUGUUCCGGGAGUGUCCGAGUUUACCAACAUCUUGCGUACCUUUGGCAGUGGAAUUCCAAGUGGCGUGAAUCGUAUCCAAGGUGCAGCCAACACGUUCCAAAAUCUAGCCACAGAUGCUACACGAAGAUUCUUAACCCCGCCCAGUGUACGAUCAUCGUCCACCUCAUCUUCAAAUCCCUCGGUUCGACAGCUCCCGGGUGUGUCUGAAUUUACCAAUGCGUUGCGAUCAUUUGGUAACGCAAUUCCAGAUGGUAUCAAUCGCUUCCAGAGUGCUUCGAACACAUUUCAAAGCAUUGCCUCAAAUGCUACAGAAGCGUUCCUAAAUCCGUCCGGCGCGUUAUCGUCAUCAGUGAUCCCCUUGAAUCGGCUGCUUCCGGGAGUCCCUCAGUUUACCAACAUUUUGCGAUCGUUUGGUAAUGCAUCGAACACAUUCCAAGCAAUUGCUUCAAAUGCUACAGAAAGAUUCUUAAAUCCGUUCGGCGUACGAUCAUCGUCUUCAACAUCUUCACACCUUCCGGGAGUGUCCGAGUUUACCAACAUUUUGCAAUCAUUUGGCAACGGUAUUCCAGCCGGAAUAGGACGCAUUCGAAAUGCAGCCAAUGCCUUUCAACGUCUUGCUUCGAACGCUUCGCAAACGGGUUUCAAUUCAGCUGCUGUCCUAAGUCAGUUUGCCACGCUUGUCCCGAACACCGGACAACGUGCUAUAAUACCCUUACAUAAUGUUAAUUUUACCUCAAAUGCUGAAGUGAGCGUUACCGCUGGUAAUGCCGGGGAAGACUCGGAAGGCAACGAGGUAGAUACUUCCUCAAAGUUAGCAAUUGCCCCGCGUGUUGAUGUUCCUGUAAAUCGCAACGAUCCUCACUACUACCCCGGUCGGCAGGUGAUGGUGCAUCUGUUCGAGUGGACCUUCGACGCCAUUGCUGAGGAGUGUGAGCAGAUCCUAGGUCCUACCGGAUACGGUGGCGUACAGGUAUCGCCCAUUAAUGAGUACGUGAUUGCACCGAACCGCCCCUGGUGGGAACGGUAUCAACCGAUCUCGUACAUCAUAAACUCUCGAUCAGGUAGUGAACACCAGUUUGCCACCAUGGUACGACGCUGUCAACUUGCCGGUGUUCGUGUGUACGUGGAUGAAGUGGUGAAUCAUAUGGCAGCACCAGGAGCGGAUGUUCCCUUGUUCGGCACGGCUGGGUCACCCAGCAAUCCGGGUGAUCGGGAAUAUCCCGCCGUACCUUACAACCAAUCCCACUUUCAUCCGGACUGCACCAUCCGGAACUAUCAAAACGCCACAGAAGUACGUGACUGUGCGCUCAAUGGGUUACCGGAUCUAAAUCAAACGGAACCGUACGUUCAGGAUCGUAUCGUUGAGUUUAUGAAUCGGUUGAUCGAGCUGGGUGUGGCGGGCUUCCGGAUGGAUGCGAGCAAACACAUGUGGCCGGAGGACUUAGAUGCGAUCUACAAACGGUUGCAGUUCUUGAACGAAUCUUUUGAGUUUUCAAAGGAAGCGAGACCUUUUAUCUACCAGGAAGUGAUCGAUCUUGGCAGUGAGCCAGUGACGGCAUCCCAAUACACCGAUCUUGGCCAUGUGACCGAGUUCAAGUACUCCCUCUUCGUUGGGCUCAUCUUCCGUGGUGCAUUGAAAGUUUCCGCACUGGAAGCACUGACCCGCGCCAAUGCCACUCAGGUCGGCCUAACACCGUCCGAUGCGGCCCUAGUGUUCGUGGACAAUCAUGACAACCAGCGUGGACAUGGAGCGGGCGGUGAUUCUAUUCUUACCUUCAAAGAUGGACAAACGUACACCCAAGCGAUCGCUUUCACAUUGGCCACCGAUUACGGAACCGUCCGGCUAAUGAGUUCGUACAACUUUACCGACACCGAUCAAGGACCACCGUCGGAUGAUCGGGCGAACAUCUUACCACCCGGCAUCAAUGCUGAUGGCUCUUGCCAAAAUGGGUGGGUUUGUGAGCAUCGUUGGCCAGUGGUGAGGCGGAUGGUACGCUUUCGCAAUUUCGUUGCACCAGCCCCGCUAACGGACGUGCAGUACUCGGGUGGAACGUUCGCUUUCUGUCGGGGAGCGAUAGGGUUUGCGCUGUUUAACGCUGGACCGGAAACGUCUGAUGGCAUUUGGAAGGCGUGUUUGCCACCGGGAGAGUACUGUGAUAUCAUAUCGGGUGCAAGAGACGGAUCGAUGUGCACCGGAACGCGGGUUCUAGUCGAUGGCGAUGGAAGGGUUAGCUUAACCGUACCGAGAUCCUCUAGCGUUGUGCUUGAUUUGCUUAAUCGUGUAUCUUAAAUAUAAAGCUAAAUAAAACAUCAAUAAGCGACUUUUCCAAAUUAUACAAUCCCAAA